AUGCAUGAUCUCAAACCUCGAAGCUCUGUGGCUUCCACAUUUGACCAGGAUCCGCCAAUAGAUAUCUCCAAAUUCAACCACGAGACAAUAUCAUACGACUCAAAGAGUCUGGCCUACUGGUUUUACGAAAAGUCUGCUGACGCAUUCCCCGGACAAGCAUUUGGUUUGCAAGUGGAUCGAAUUUUGUACCACACCAAAUCACAAUACCAAGAUAUUUUAGUUCUCAAGUCAACAACAUUUGGCAAUGUGUUGGUUCUCAACGGGAUUAUCCAAUGCACCGAAAAAGAUGAGUUUGCGUAUCAAGAAUUGAUAACUCACGUACCAAUCAUGUCUCAUCCAUCCCCGAAAAAAGUGCUUGUUAUAGGAGGAGGAGAUUGCGGUGUUAUCCGCGAACUAGUGAAACAUGUUGAGGACCAAACUGUGGAAUCAAUAACCAUGGUUGAAAUCGACGAUAUGGUGAUCAAAUUGCUGACGAAAUAUCUACCACAAAUGGCGAAAUAUCAUAAUCACCCAAAACUAAACUUGAUAAUUGAGGACGGAUUCAAAUUCCUUCGUGAAACUAAACUCAAAUUUGACGUAAUUAUAACCGACUCUUCUGAUCCUGAAGGUCCAGCGGAGGAGUUUUUCCAAGUCAACUAUUUCAAGUUGUUACGCAAUGCAUUAAAUGACAAAGGGAUUGUAAUAAUGCAAUCACUGGAGAAUAUAUGGCUAAACAUAAGAUAUCUCCGAAGCUUGAUCAAAAAGUGCAAGUAUGUGUUUCCCAAUGUCAAAUUUUGUCAAUGUUAUAUGCCCAGUUAUACUUCGGGACAGUUGGGAUUAUUGGUGGCCACGAUUGAUGAGUCCUUGAACUUGACAGCCCCAUUGAGAACUUUUGAUCGGAGGAAAGAAGGCCAGUUGUUCAAAUACUAUAAUCAAUUCGUCCAUCAAAGCUCAUUUAUCUUACCUACUUGGGCACAGGAUUAUUUGGAACAGGAUGGCGAAAGCGUGUGA